UGUGAGAGAACGCGAGACUCUGCGAGAACAGCACGAGAAAUUCAACAAGGCGGCGCGACACCGAUAGUAAACAACAGCGCGACAAACUAUCCGCCAAUUUAAAUAAAUAACUACCUUAUUUUACGGAAAAUAAUCAACCACCCUACCAUUCUGGAUAACACCGAAGAAAGUUUCGAGUACAUCGACGAGUGCUUCGAGCGUCUGGUAAUGGGGAAAAAGGAGACGGCUCCCAACAAGCGUUCCCGUCCGUCUGACUCACCUGAGUCACCUGGAGCUAGCUCGGCGGACAAAAACAUCACGGACAUCCUGGAGUCAAUCGAGAAAAAAAUAUCAAGUUUCGACGCACGUCUGGCGCUAGUGGAACUCCUCCACAAAGAGUUUAUGGCCCUCCGCGACUCCCUGGAAUUUAGCCAGCAGCAGGUGAUUUCUCUCGCCACCGAGAACGAGGCCCUGAAAGGAACGGUGCAGUCCCUGACGGAGGAUGUGGCUCAGCUAGCGGCCGAAAAUAAAAAAAUAAAAGAAGGUAUCAUCGAUCUGCAGGCCCGCAGCAUGAGGGACAACCUGGUGUUCUCGGGGAUUCCAGAACAGGCGGAGGAAAACACGGAAACCACAAUUAAAAACUUCAUUAAACAACAGAUGAAGAUUCCAGCGGAAGUUGUCGACAAGAUGGCGUUCCACCGUUCGCAUAGACUUGGAGGAAGACGACCGGAUGGCCAGCGCCCCCGACCCAUCGUUGCCAAGUUUCAUGACUUUAAGGCGAAGGAACUGGUUAAGAGCCGGGGCAGACAGCUGAAGGGAACCGACUACAGCGUCAACGACCAGUUCCCCAAGGAGAUCCUCGACCGCCGCCGCCGACUGUUCCCCAUCCGUAAGAGGUUCAUGGCAGAAGGCUGCAGGGCUGUCAUCAGCGUCGACAAACUGUACGUCAACGGAGAGCUCUACCGGGACCGGGAAGCAACUCCGUGGCUGUACUAGCAGGUGAACUGAGCGCGAUGAGGGUAAAUCCGGAUCUGGACUCCUUUCCCACCAUCAGCAGAAGAACCGAAGGAGAAGAAGCGCCAACCAACAACCAGAACGGGGUGGAAGCUCUGAUACCACAGCAGCUGGAGGACACAGACCACAGCAUGGACGCCUCACUGACUCCACAACGUCUGCAGCCAUCACGUUCUGGGCUCAUCAGAUGAACCAGCUACUACAAGCGUGUGUGUCUGACAGACACCUGCUUAUGACAAUCAGCAAAGGAAAACAAGGACAGAGCAACAGCAGAGAAGACGUGCUCUGACACAGACACUGGUUGAAACAACAGGAGAGGCUUCAGACGUGAUCGGCCCAAAAGAGCUGCAUCUGAGGAUCCAGGAAAGGUCUGUCAUCGAGGAACAACUGUCCCAUCGAAAGGCUUCACCCACUGGCGCUCACAUCAGACUGAUGGUUGGGGAUGGAGGAAGGUGACGGUUCCUUUUCACGUGACGUACAAGACGGUACCGCAAACACACACACAAACAUUUCCACGCACGCAAUGAAAAAACACGCUUACAGCUGAUGCACGCUCAAAUUCAUGUUCAUGCUUAUCUGCUCGCAAUGAAGAAUCACUUUUUGCUCAAAAAAAUCCCACAGAGUGAUUUUAAAAUGAUGACAAACAGCUAAAUGACAACUGCUGCAUGACUUUACAGUCUGAUGGGUUCAAACUAUUUUAACUUGCAACAAAUUCAGUAAUAAAAUCCUUCAUGUUUCUAAAAAUACUUGUGCACAAUAUAGGUUUGUCUGGCCAGACUGUAGAAAAACAAAACAGACUGUAGAAAAAACAAAGAAACAGACUAUAGGAAGACUGAGACUGACUGAAACAGACUAUUAAUGACUAUUAAAGGGAAGACGACUAUUAGAGAGAAGUAAUAAUAAUUACUGUACGUACCAGACUAUUAAAGAAAAACUUACUGUUUCACUAUCUUGUGCAACAUCUGACAGCAAGACACCUUAACAUUCAUUUUUGCUUUCAAACUUAUGCCCAGUUAAUUUUUUUAGGAAGAGAUCUGAUGUGUAGUUUAGGUAUUUGAUGUAUUUCCACUCCAGACGGAGUGCAGGUUACAUCUACAGACAUUUUAAAUAAUCCCUCUUUUGUUGGUGUUAACUUUAGCUCAGCUGUGCUCUUAUCAGUGGCUGCUGAGGGGGUGCUGUAACUGAGGCCCUCACACAGGCUGCAUCACAGCUUGUUUAUGAUUUCACACACACUCAAACUGACCUCAACUUCCCUCUUUUGGGAUGAACACAGGUCUGCGCUUGCGAUUUCUUUUACUAACAAACAAAAAGAUUUUUGAUGUUUAUUCUACAGUUCCACACGUCCCUCUGUGAAAACAUGAUGGAGACAGAUGCAGGACGUGGGACCUUUCGUGAUCAGAUGUCAACUGGGUGGAGACUGGUGAACGACCUCCGACCCCAUGUGACGUAUUUACCUACUUUGCAUACUUUUAGAAAACUUUUUUUUUAUUCUGCCCGUCAUGCACAACAAACAGUGAACUUGGUACCUCCACAUUCUAAUGACACACACUACAUGCUUUUGUUUUUAUUUUUACUUUUCAGAGGACGCUCUGACCCAACACUCAGUCUUACAGGAAGCCCUGCUUCCCUGUGGCUCACACACAUAUGAUGUAGGUUUGAUCAGAGGAUGUGAACCAGUGGUCAUCACACCUAAAUCUGACCACAGACCAUGUAAACAACACAUGGCAGAAUAGAAUGGCCUUAGAGAUGUUAUUAACAAAGAUGGGAAGUGUUUGUGUCAGGUUUGGUAAAACAUGCUGUACCUUUACCCAGGAUGACUGAACAUGAACUGAUUGAAAUCAAUUAUAGGCUUAUGUCCCUGUCUUUCCAAAGCUCAUACAGAGGUUAUUCUUGUUUACUGUAACUACCCACCAAAAUAGCUCCCAACCUUUUGUCCCUAAGUUACUUGCAUUUUAUGUGAAGGUGUAUUUUGAAUCUUGAUCAGUUAAUACCCUUAUUGUUUCAUUUGCAAGGGUCUUUUAUUAUUACAGAAUGUGAUGUUGACAAUUUUUCUUCUUAGUGGUUGAUUAAUGUGUAAUCAAAAGGGGGGAGUGUUAUGGGAAAAAUUGUGUCUUCCUUACUUCUAUGCAGUUAUUAUAUGAUUUAUGACUUAUGUCCUGCAAUUAAUAUCUUUUGUUCUUCUGUUUUGUCUUACUGUAUGCAUUUGACAUUUCACCUAGAUUGUUCAAUGGUUGUCUCUGCCUGAUAGACUCUCAACUCUAGCUCCCAAACCCAAGGUCAGGGAGUUGUGUCUCUGUCUGUUGAGACUUGGUGCUCCUUUCUCACAGAUAGUUGGACGUCAGCAAUGCAGGUGUGAGGAUGUAAAUAUCUUCACACACACUGCGACAGGGAGGAGAUGGUGCAUGUCAUUUGAUUGGGUUAGAAAGACAUUCCACCCUAGUCAGACAGAGAAGCUAAAAGGCAGAAGCAACUUUAGGAUCGUGGGCUCUUUGCAUCACACCUUCGUGGUGUGUGCACUGAUCUCCCCAGCUGGUUUUUGGUUUGUUGAUGUGCACGAUCAACAUCCAUGCUUUUUAUUUGCUUUCCCCAUUAUUUUUAUUUUCUUUAUUAUUUCAAUAAAUCGCACAAAAGGACA